UCGUUGAUUGCUCUGACACAUCCUCUGUUUUAAAACCCCCACUUCCCCAAAUCAUAUCACCACCAUCUUCCCCUGCCUCGUUCUCUCUGUCUCUGUAUAUGGCUUCUCUCCUUCUUCCCCUCUUCCCCCUUUUAAUGGCGCUCCUCCUUCCACUUCAAGCCAAGACCCAUUGGGAAGACACCCAGGUUCUCAAACAGCUCAAGAACGCUCUCGACCCGACCUCUAUCCCCUCCGGCUCCUGUCUCGAAUCCUGGGAUUUCUCUCUCGACCCAUGUGAUAAUCUCUUCGGCCACAAGUUCACCUGCGGUUUCCGCUGCGACGACGUCGUCUCCGGCGUCUCCCGAGUCACCGACCUCACCCUCGACCACGCUGGCUACUCCGCCUCCCUUUCCUCUGUUUUCUGGAACCUCCCUUUUCUGCAAUCGCUCGAUUUCUCCAAUAAUUUCUUCUCUGGUCCGAUUCCCAACUCCUUCUCCAAUUUGACUCGGUUGCGUUCACUCAGUCUCUCUUCCAACUCGUUUUCUGGCGAGGUUCCGCCCUCAAUCGGCUCGCUCUCUGCGCUCGAGGAGCUUUAUUUGAAUGGAAAUGGGUUUAAUGGCUCUAUUCCGGCGAGUUUUGUGGGGCUUGUUAGUUUGAAGCGGCUGGAAUUGCAGUCUAAUGGGUUCACCGGUGCGUUUCCUGAUUUGGGUGUUUUGAAGAAUUUGUAUUAUUUGGAUGGAACUGAUAAUGGGUUUUCUGGAGAGCUUCCGGCGGGUUUUCCGGCGUCGUUGGUUCAAUUAUUGAUGAGGAAUAAUAGCUUUGAAGGAGUGGUUCCGAGUAGUAUUGGCGAUUUGGGUAAUCUUCAAGUUGUGGAUCUGAGUCAUAAUCAAUUCAGUGGCUCUGUUCCGGCGGCUCUGUUUGAACAUCCGUCUUUGGAACAACUUACUCUCUCUUUCAACCAAUUCUCCGCCGUGGAAACACCAAAUUCCAGCGGUGCUCGGAGUAGUCUCAUCGCCGUCGAUUUAAGCGACAACGAAAUCACUGGAUUUCUGCCGCCGUUCCUAGCGUUAAUGCCGAAGCUCUCUGCUUUGUCACUGGAGAACAACAACUUCACCGGAAUGAUUCCGGUUCUCUACGCCUUCAAAACCGCCAAACCAGAGCCGGGAAUGUCACCGUUAGUAAGACUAUUAUUGGGCGGAAACUAUCUAUUCGGUCCAAUCCCGGAGCCACUACGGCUGAUGAAACCCGACUCGGCCACCGUGACACUCGCCGGGAACUGCCUGUUCCGUUGCCCGACAUUCUUGUUCUUCUGCCAAGGAGGCGAGCAGAAAUCCUCCGCCGAAUGCCGGAGCGCCGGGCCGGUAAUCCCAUAAAAAAAACAGAGUGUGUUGUUUAGGAUGCUAAGGUUGAUUGAUUUAGACAUGUUUUUUUGGAUUAAGAUUAAUUGGAGAGUUUGUAACGAUGAAUGUUCAUAAAUAAUUGAUUGGGAAUUGGGAGAUUUUAUUUUUUUA